UAAACGCAGUGUUGGACCAAUAUUCUGUCUUUGUUCCGUUUAGUUUCAUUAAAAAUAUACUAGCUAUUUCUCUUGAAUUAACGGGUGUUUUUCUACCUUAUCAAACCCAGAGUUCAUUGCUUUGACAUGUUUAACAGCUGGCCCUACUUGAAGCUUGUAAUAUAAUAGCUAGACUCUUCUUUAGUGUCGGUUGGCACACCAGCUUCAUGGCGACAGCAUUCCCCGUUGUUAGGUUAAAUUGUUAAGUUUUCACCGGCAUGUCCACUCAUGUCCGGAGGGGUAACGUUUCUUCUCCAGAGAGCCGUCCUCUCUGCACUGCAGUCAGCGCUACACACACACAUUUGGCGUAGGAAGGUCACGUUACAAAGCGGGUCGGCACUAGCUGCUGGAGAGAGGAGGACUGCGCAAAAACCACGGCCCGGAUUUGUGCCUGGCUGACGUCAUGUGGAGCCACAGACCUCUUUGACAGAAGCCAGCAAGGAGAAGCGCCGGGGACCAACAUCCAGGGGGCUGGGAGAUGUCGGCGAGCACAUCGCUGUUUUGAGCCACACACUCGCCCGCGAGGUGAAGCCAGGCACGGACAUUUCGCUUAGCUCGAUUGCGGUGCACCGCGAGAGCGCUUAUCCGAUAUUAAAGGGACGCGAGCGGCUGUUUUCUGCCUCAAAACGAGCCGCACUGUUGACCAGGGAGGGAUAAGCAGCCAGAAAACAACUACUAAUCCCCAGCACGGUCACAUUCACGGCGGGGCUCGGACCCGACAGAAAUGUACAGGGCAGCACGAACUGGAUUAAAUGAUAGGGAAUAAAGGAGACGCCGCGAACAAAGCGAGCCAGAAGUGUUAUGCCCGUUAACCCGUGUAGUCUUCAUUUGACUGGAAAUGGGAGCUUUAACAAGCAGACAGAACAUAGGCGUGGAAGAAGUGGACAUUCCGUCCAAUUCGGUGUACCGCUAUCCGCCGAAAUCUGGGAGUUACUUCGCGAGCCAUUUCAUCAUGGGGGGAGAGAAGUUUGACUCCACCCAUCCGGAGGGUUACCUGUUUGGGGAAAACACAGACCUUAACUUCCUGGGGACCAGACCUGUGGCGUUCCCGUACGCAGCCCCUCCACCUCAGGAACCAGUAAAGACAUUACGAAGCCUUAUAAACAUCCGUAAGGACACGCUGCGGCUCGUACGGUGCAGUGAGGACCUGAAGCUGCCAGGUGACGAGGCAGCGGGGAAGAACAGGGCCUGUUACAACAUAGAGUUCACCUUUGACGCCGACACACAGGUGGCCAUAACCAUCUACUACCAGGCCAUAGAGGAGUUUCACAAUGGAGUGCCAGUUUAUCUGCCCCAGGACAGCUCUCUGCAGUCUGAGACAGUACACUUCAAGAGGGGAGUCUGCCAGCAGUUCUGUCUGCCCUCACACACCGUCAACCUCAGCGAGUGGGCUGACGAGGAGCUGCUGUUUGAUAUGGACAAAGAAAUUUUCCCCAUGGUGGUGCAGGCUGUUGUAGACGAGGGGGAAGAACAUAUGGGCCACUCUCACAUACUGCUGGCCACGUUUGAAAAGCACAUGGACGGGAGUUACUGUGUAAAGCCUCUGAAGCAAAAACAAGUGGUGGAUGGAGUCAGUUAUCUACUGCAGGAGAUCUAUGGGAUAGAGAACAAAUACAACAGCCAAGAAUCAAAGGUUGCUGACGAUGAGAUCAGUGACAACAGUGCCGAGUGUGUGGUGUGUUUGUCGGAUGUGCGAGACACACUCAUCCUGCCGUGCAGACACCUGUGUCUCUGCAACGCCUGCGCAGACACUCUGCGCUACCAGGCCAACUGCUGCCCCAUCUGCAGACUGCCAUUCAGAGCUCUUCUGCAGAUCCGAGCCAUGAGGAAGAAGCUCAGUCCUCUGUCACCUACAAGCUUUAAUCCCGUCAUCACUUCACAGACCUCUGACUCAGAGGAACACUCGGCGUCAGAGCACAUCCCGCCGGGCUACGAGGUGGUGUCUCUCCUGGAGGCGCUGAACGGCCCCCUCAACACCUCCUCAGUGGCUCCUCCUCCUCUCCACUCGGGUCCCAGCCACGUCACAGGAACACUGCCCCCGUACAGCAAUGAGCCUCACCCGGCACCGGCCCGCUCCCUCUCCCCGCUAGACCACUCCAACUCCAGUCAGGGACUCAAACUCAAGAAGAGUGGUUCGAAGUCCCUUUCCCAGAACUCCUCUGUACUUCCAGAGGAGGAGGAUGAGAAGUCCUGCAGUGAAUCGGAGGCCUGUCGCCACAAACUCGCUGUGGACCAGCAGGAGAGCGGAGUCACUCCAGACAGUGAGAACCUGACUCUGUCCUCGUCUGGAGCCAUCGACCAGUCAUCUUGCACCGGGACCCCGCUCUCCUCCACCAUCACCUCCCCUGAAGACCCAGUGAGCUGCAGCCUGGUCCAGUCAGUGAUGUCCAUGGCUUCGUCCCACUCGCAGCACUCCCACAUCAGCACUGACACCAUGUCCUCCAUGUCAGGGUCCUACCUGGCCGGGGCCGAAGGCGAGGCCGGGGGGGACGAUGGGGGAGACGUGGAGGGCGAGGAGAACCAGGACGCCCCCAUGGAGAGCCGAGGACCAUCGCAGCAGGAAGGGGAGUUUUCCCAGGAGCCAAAGGAACAAAACUACUCCGUGGCUGUAGAGGAGCAGGACUCAGAGGGAAACGAUGUCACUGAAGAGGACUGCUCCUCCCCGUCCAAUGGGAAAGGUGGGUGGAGCAGGUGUCCAGAGUUGGCCAAUAACAAUCAGGGCGUCGCCCUCUGUGACACGCCCUCUUUGGGGUUGGAUAAUGAGCAGGCUCCCGACAGCCGAUUCGCCGGUCUGAUGUACCUCGGGGGCUACAGGCCUGUUUUGGAGCCCCACCCCCACCACACCUCCACUAGCAAUAUCAAUCUGGAGGAGCAGGGGGCAGAGAACCGGGACAGACAGAGUCCUAAACAUCCCCGCCGCGGACCACUCAUUGUGUAACACACUCAAACAAAGCCACACACAAAAACACACAGACUUCUCCGUCCAGAGUUUUUACCCUGCUAUAGUGCUGCAUUGCUGGAUACUGUCCUCGCAGAACAGGGAACCCCCCCCCCUUCCUCCUCCUCCUCCACCUUUCUGAACAUUUCCCCGGAUCGAUUGAUUGUCGUUGCUGGCGCUGAAACUCCUCUUUGAGUGGAAAGAGGAGGGAAGAGGAACAGAACGGCAUCACCAGUCUUGUCGUCUGUGCACUUUUAUCUCACAGGAUUUUCUUUUUUUUUUUGUCUGUGAUCUAACUUUUUGUGGCAAUGAUUACCCUACUGCUACAUUAUUAUUUAUUACCUGUAGGUCUAACCAAUGAGAGCUGUGUAUUAUGACACUGUCUCUAGAAAAACACAUGCUGCUCCUCUCCUCUCCUCUUUCUUUCCUCUCCUCUAUUACCAGCCAAACAGUCAGGGGCUACUGUGAUCGGCAAUCUGAUUUAUUACUAAUGUACUUCUUCUUCUCUGUUAUAAACUGUAUGUUGAAUGAGUGGUUAGACACUAUAUAUAAAAGUCAGCUCACACCGGACUACCUUACCUUAGUGAACUUGAAUGCGCUGACUCCUCUCCUUCGGAUCAGGGAGCUCCCGUCUCAACUUCGCAUGCAGCUUUCAACUUCUGCUGAUGUUUUCCCUCUCAUUCCCGCCCACGAUUUUCAAACACCUCUGCUGAAUGUGAAUACAGAAGUGGUCAAACUUGCAAGGUGGCGGACGAGCCAAGAAAUUGCAGUGAAAAUGAAAUGUUACACAGAAUGUAAGACGAUGAACACAGAUCUCUCAGAAUGGGAAUGUACAUGAUUGAAAUGGUCACCUAAACUGGAUUUAAACAAAAACUUUGAACCCUAAACUGGUUCUCCAGACACGCAUUACCCCCACCACCGUCCACCCCCCACCCCACCACCACCACCACCACACCAUCCUCUCCUUUUACAGCUCCAUCUUAGCAUGUCAGUAUUAUUGUAGUGGGACUGGAAAUCUGCAAGUACCACCAAGCAAUAAAGACGCUGAAGCUGCAUCUCCUGCAGGAGGACACUCAUUUGCAGUUCAAACAAAAACUGUGUUUGCACUCGCCUGUUACAUUCAAAUUCAGACAUUUCAAUGUGUUUAAUUGUUAUUCAUCAUACAGUGAAUUUGAAAACCUAAAUGUGAGAUUUAGGCCACAUUGGUUAGCUGGCAUUUUGUUCAUCCUCAUAUUUCCCAUUAUUAUAACCCCGAUGUGCUCUUUUCUCCUUAUUUGUGAAGCUUUCAGUUGUUUUGGUUUUGUAUAACUUUAAUGUAUAGCUCACCUGUUGAUGUUCUUCGUUUCUGGGUUUUAAUUUGUUGCAAAACACUGUGUCGUUUAUUAGAAUGUGGAUGAAUAUAUGUGAACAAUUUGUAAAGGUUUACACACUUGCGCACACAGGCGUGCUAGAUUAACUGAAAAGGGACAAUAUCAACAUUUAAUGCACUAUUAGCUGUUUCCUAGACGACACACUUUGCGGUGCAUGAGGCGAUAGUAGAGUAAGCAUGUUAGUCUAGGUCAGCCUGCACCCUCCUGUAGAAUACUUGAUGAUGGAUCACUGCACACACAUAAAGCCGUACCAUUUCUUUUUGCAGUGUUAUAUAUCGGUUGCUGGCUCCUUAUUCCCUUGACCCAAACUGUUAAGGUCAAGAGUAAUGCACUACUAUAUCCAAGCUGCAAACAGUCAUGUGAUCACAGUCCGAAUGUGUAGAUGAAGCCGCUCUUUGGCACCAGUCGCAGUAUGAUAUCAAAGGAAUGGGUCCUGACCCCACUUUUUCUAGACUUACGAGUGAAAAUGUCAAAGAAAACAUCAAUCGGACAAUAAAGUUUUUGCAUCUA